AUGAGGCUAUUAAGAAAAAUCAAAGCUCCCAAGGCAUCCAUGGACAGCCUCAAGAGCUUCAUCAACAACGCUUCCAAACAGUUCCAGCCUAAGAAAACCUUCUCUUCCAAGUCCAAGUCCCGCCCCAAGCCUCCUACCCCUAAAUCCGGCUUGACCAAAGACGAGGCUGUCCUCGAGAUCGACAGGGUCAACAAGGAGAUCCUUGCCCUCCAGACCGUCAAGGAGUUCUGCAAAAGCUCCUACGAGAACGGCCUAGCCAAAUUCUACGAGAUCGAGAACCAGAUCGCGGAGAUGCAGGAGAAGGUCUCCUUGCUGCAGGACGAGUACGAGGUGGAUAAUGUGAUCGAUGAUGGAGAAGCCUGCACUCUGAUGGCCGAGGCUGCCUUGAAAUCCUGCAAGGAGACCCUCUCCGCGCUGCAGGAGAAGCAGGAAAACUCUGCCAAGGAGGCCCAAGACGAGGCCGAGAAGAUCGAUGAGGCACGCGACCAGCUCCAGUCCCUUAGGCAAGACUGUGUUGAUGACGAACAAUAUGAAGAUAUGCCGGAUACGGAUAGACAGGACGUCACCUUGGGUUUCAUACAAGAGCUCAACGACAUGGAGACCAUGACCUCCGACAAGAGCAUCGACCUCAGCUCCUCCGCGGCGCUGACAGUCACUCAGCUUGCCGAGAAGAUCGACGUGCUGGUGAACAAGGUCAUCAGCUUGGAGACCGCGGUGUCGUCCCAGACUGUCCUAAUCAACACCAUGAGAUCAGAUUCGGACGAGCUACGGGAACAGAUCAAGCAGCUCGAGAGCGAAAAGGAGACACUCAUGGGCGACAUGCACAGCCUCAGCAACAGGAUCAAGGAACUCGAGGACAAGCUCAGCAGGCUCGAGGAGCUCAACAGCAAUGUUGAAGCUCACAACAGCAAGCUCGAGGCCAACUUUGCUCACUGUCGCUGCAGCCUCGUGAAGAGGGAUCUUGAGAUUCAACAUCUCAAGCAGGAGUUAAGCAUUCUACAAGGAAACAAGGACGGUAGUAUUAAAGAAGUGGAGAUUCAACCACCUUUGUCUAAUUCAGCAGAAGAGAGUGAGUCUGAAUGCAAACCGGAACCAGAAACCAAAGAAUUAGAGAAAGAACAUGAUAUCAAGCUGAUCUUCAAGGUUAAGUCUCAAGCAGUGUCAGUCGUGGAGGAGGGGCUGCGGAUGGAGAUAGACGCGAUACUAGACGAGAAUCUAGAUUUCUGGUUGAGAUUUAGCACCGCGUUCCAUCAGGUCCAGAAGUUCAAGAGCGAGGCGCAGGACUUGCUAGAAGAGAUAGCGAAGCUGAGGGACAAGAAGAAGAAAGAAGGAAGCAUGACCCCGCAGCUAAAAUCCGAGGUCCGACCAAUAUACAAGCACUUGAGAGAAAUCCAGACUGAGCUGACCAUGUGGCUGGAGCAGCGCGUCCGCCUCAAAGAUGAGCUCAAGCGCAGGUUCACUUCGCUGUGCGGAUUACAGGAGGAGAUCACCACGGCACUCAAGGAAGGAGUCGAGGAAGACGAGAUCAGGUUCAGCAGCCAUCAAGCUGCAAAGCUGCAAGGUGAGAUUCUGAGCAUGAAACAAGAAAAUAACAAGGUGAGGGAAGAGCUGCAGACGUGUGUCGAUCAUGUCAGCGUACUGCAACUUGAUAUCGAGAAGACUCUCCGACAGUUGAACCAAGAGUUCAGCAUCGGCACUGAUCAGCCGCAGUUGCAACACACAAUAAGCCGGUCCAAGAUUCCGCUGCGGGCCUUCAUAUUCGGAAACAAGGUGAAGAAGCAGAGGUCACUCUUCAACUUCAUGCAUACUAAUAGAAAAAUGCACAAUGUCAGAACUGUACCAACUGACUGAUUUCACCUACUCAAGGCUCUUGUUUCCCUUUAGAUUACUACAUUUAAAAAAAAAAUUCUUAUUGUAUUUACA